AUUUUAUCGACUGGAUCUUCACAAUAUUCAACAUAAAUCACAUCAGCAAAUUUAAUCAAAAUUCUGGCAAUCGCAUAUCGAGAACCAUGUCGUCGUCGAUCUCUCAGCUCUCGUGCUUCUCUGCCGUAGUUGACAGCCGCCGUUCGCAUCUCCACCAGAGAUUGCAUCUCUUCCCCACGAAAUUUCGUCCCAUAAAGGUUAUAAAUGUUAUGAACAGUGAUGGGCACGGCUCAAAAUUAUCCCAAUUAGAGAAUAAUACUCCGAGUUAUGUGGAAGAUGCAUCAGCGUCCUAUAAUGGAAGCUCGGUGCAGCCGCAUUCUGCUGCUGAUAGUUCUGUUGCCGGAGGAGCAAUAGAUGAGCAGGAAAGUGCAGUCACCCAACCAAAGAGGGCAGCAAUGAUUCACGACUUCUGUUUUGGAAUUCCCUUCGGUGGACUAGUCUUUUCUGGGGGUCUCGUUGGCUUUCUGGUUUCAAGAAACCCUCGUACUCUGAUGUCUGGUGUGCUCUAUGGAGGUGCCCUGCUUGCGCUUAGCACGCUGAGCUUGAAGGUGUGGAAACAAGGGAAACCGAGCUUUCCAUUUAUACUAGGUCAAGCAGUACUCUCGCUUGCCCUCCUACUUAAGCAUUCUCGGGCCUAUACAUUGACAAACAAAUUCUUCCCGGCAGCCUUCAAUGUCGUCAUUAGUGCUGCAAUGCUGUUGUUCUAUGCCUAUGUGAUGAUAUCCGGAGGCAAUCCUCCGCCAAAGAAGCUGAAGCCUACUGCUGCAGUUGAAACCUCGUAGUCAAGAGAUGGAUACUGGAGUAUAAAUCCGAAUUGAAUUUUACCAGCAUGAACUCGGAGUAGAUUAUUAUGGUCUUGUUGUAGGUGACUUUCAGCAGCAACUUUCGAUCAUUUCCAUAGCUAUAUAUGUUGUGACACAUAGCAAACAGUCUUGCCCCUUGUGAUUAGGCAUUUUGCAAUGGUGCAAUCGGGGAGUCAGUGGUUUAAAGGUCGCGCCUCCGAGCUGCAUUAACACUUUCUAAGUCGAUAUAUGAAAUGGUGCGAUGUUUAAAUA